AUGUUUAUUAAAGAUUACCCUUACGAAGUCAAACCUAGCAAUAAAAUAUUUAGACCUUGGGAUUCUUGUAGUGAUUCUAAAGAUGUUUCUCAAGAUUCGACUAUAUCUACAACGACUUCUGAAGAUAAUACGAGUAGUUCAGUUAGUGAAAAAGUGCCUGAUGACGAUGUUAAAGGUUUUAGACCCAUUCCAAACAGUCAUAAACCUCAUAAGACUAAAGACAUUGUUCCAGAAUACCCUAUCGAAUUAUAUCCCACUAUUUAUCCAGAUUUACUACAAUCACAAUUGGCGCAGUCAGUAGGAUUACCCGCGGAUCCCUUGAUUAUGGAAACCUUAUCACAAGGUAUAGCGAUAGAAGAAUACAUGAGGGUGUUGAACCAAGAACAUCACGAAAAGCUUUUGGCGGCGAAAAAGCAACGACCAAAAAAAUACAAGUGCCCGCAUUGUGAUGUCGGUUUUUCAAAUAACGGGCAGCUUAAAGGACAUAUUAGGAUACAUACAGGAGAACGCCCAUUCAAAUGCGACGAAAAAGAUUGCGGAAAGACGUUCACCAGAAACGAGGAACUGACCCGCCACAAACGAAUCCAUUCCGGCCUGAGACCCUUCCCGUGCACGCACUGCGGGAAGAGAUUCGGAAGAAAGGACCAUCUCAAGAAACAUUCCCGCACGCAUUUCCAACCCAGAGGCAUGUACGCCGUUCCUGUGAUGUUGCCUUACGAAACGUGGGCAUCUUCCCCCGGUAGUUACCCCUUCGUUCCUAUGUUCGGAUACUAAGGUGAAUGAGAAUUAGAGAAUGGGAAAUUAGAGUCAGGAGAUCAAAAGAUAAAGUAUGCGAUGAAUAUUUUACUGCAUUUGGAUGCAAAAACUGAUAUAAUAUCCUAAAAAUGGCAGAUUU